AUGAUAGUAGAAAAAUGGAAAAGAAGGUUACCUGCAACCUGCAGAUUUGAAAGAAGAACUAAUAUUAACGAUUCCACAUUUUUAUUGACUAUGUGUUACGAAACUUACAAAAUACUAGUUUAUAAGCAAUGGAUAAAAUAUCCCAUGGAUGAUCUAGCAGAUAAUAAGGUUAAUGAUCCAAUUGCGAUUUGUUCGGACUCUGCUGAAUACAUUAUCAAAAAUACUUCACCUUUGUUAGUAAAAUCUCCUUUUUUAUACAGAUAUCUUUACUCAUUCUAUAUAAGUUCGAUAAUCUGUUUGUUUAAUACCUUGACAGGAAAUGCUGACGUGAAAGCUAAAUAUAAUAACAUGAUCAUAGUUGUUCUAGAAUUCUAUGAGAACAUUUCAUCAUCUGCUGAGAUUUCUAAGAUUUAUCAUUCGAGACUAACUCAUCUAAAAGCUACGUUAGAUAACAAUAGCAAUGGUAAACUUUUUGAAAAUCAACCAGAAAAUGAAGGGACUGAAAUCAACAUAGUGGAUGAUGACUUCAAUAAGUAUCUCGAUUUGCUUUUUGGAAGUGUAGGGAUGUAA